GCAUGUACUCAUUCAGUCGGAUUCAAAUGACUUUUCAAACCCCUGCCCAUGAACCUGGGAGGGGUGAACCUAUUUAUUAAGUAUUCCCACUAACAUGUCAACUUAAGUCCUGGAGAUACAAAACUAUUUUUGCCGUCUUUACAACGAUGUUUAGUUUCUUGGAUGUUUUAUUAGUUUGUCCUGUGCAAUUUAUCUCGUGCGCAAUGAACGCAACAAAGUCCACCUUCUUCAGUGUUAGUGUUUCUCCUGUGGAGCAUCCACUACCACCUCAUCUCCACUCGAUUCACAAAAGUCAAGGAUCCGCACGCCCGUUUCCUCCUGAAUUUGGGUGCGCAAAUACAACACAAUUUACGUUUUUUCGUGUUUUCUGGUAGGGUAAAUGAGUCGGAUGCCCAGAUAGAGACAAUAGAUAGAAAUCAUUCCAAGCAAACAGUUUGACACACACUUACUCAAUCUCCCACAUAAACAAUUAUACCAAACAGUUUAUUUAAUUCUCACGCCUUAUCAAAAAUGAAUUUGAUAUCACGGGUAUAUUGAGGCAGCAGACGCUGCACCUGCCUACAACCCUAAAUUGUUUCACUUUUAUCUCGUCUUAAUAGAUGGUCCGAGAUGCCCUGACUAGUAGACCUGGUGGGCAAAACGUAUUAGAAGAGUCCCAGACAACCAAAACAUUGGACCACAGAACCAGGAGAGAUGAUUGCCAUCUUAGUCAGCCACAUCCAGGCUUUAUCACAUCCGCUUUGCUUAAAUAUAUUUGGCAUGUGUAUGCUUUACUGUUUUUGAGAAGGAGGCUUCCCACUCGUCAACAGAGAGAACGUUAUGCUCUUGGAAUUAUGACCCUUUUCCCUUCUUUGAGAGAUCCUUUCCCCCCCAAAGGCUAUAUAGCCUUUGCCUAUCGGCUGAAGACGGUGUCAAGGAAGACCUCACUUCGACCCAUCAAGAAGAGUAUUUCACCCCAGUCGGGAGGCCCAACCCAUAGGAGGAAGACUGUCCUGGACCACCAGCUUUCAUGCUGCAGCAUUGAAGACCAUCUUGAUGGGAGCCAUGGUCGACAGCCAUACCUCCUUGCCGUUGGAAGAAGACAGAGCAAGAUUGACAACUACUACAUCAUGGUGGACAAGAGGCUUGUUUCCUGCCAGGCAACUUUUUAUUUAACCAGGAUGACCUGGAGCCAGUGGAGCUGUCUGUGUGCAUUUGAUGAACUGUUCAAUGCCCACUUUGUCUUUAACCUGACAUAUGACGAUGCUCUUGUCAACUUCUACAUAUUUGUGCAGACAACCAUCUACAACAUUGAUGUAGACAAAAACAAGAGAGGCCCCUAGCAUGAUAGAGUUAAGGACAAAACCUCUUACCUAGAUAAAUGUAUGUUACGGUGCUUUUGUUGUCAAGCGUUGCACAGAAACAGACAGUCAUUGGCAUAUUAUUUGAGAAUUAAGCAUCAUAUUUCUAUCCCUCCACCAAGUUUAGAUUGGUCUGUGCUCAAGAUGGUUGUAGAUGGCAGUUUUCAACAUACUCCGGUUUCAGAAAACAUUUGACUAGUAUUCAUAAGGAUAUUGGUAAAGGUAAAGUAGUUGAUGCAUUCAUCUUAAAAGUGCCCUCUCAUGUUGCUGAUUCUCUAGUCCAGUCAGAAGCUCCGCAAAUGGGUGGCAACAUUGGUGUCCCACAUGAUAACACUCAGUGAUUGUUUUGAGAAGAAUGGACAGUCUUGCUAAAGAUAUGUGUGCCUCCUUCAUUGCCAAGUUGCAAGCUAGUAGUGUUGCAAAUAGUGUUGUGUCAACAGCCGUGUGUGAUUUAGAAGAGCUUACUACUGGGCUGCACUCCCAAAUUAAACAAGAUGUUCUGUCAGUUAUGCCUAUGGAUAACCCCUCUACAUCUGCUGUAAAGGAUAGUUUUGAGAACUUUGAAAACCCAUUUGCCAGUUUUAACACAGAAACCAAGAGAUGUUGUGGACCCAGUAGAAGUAGUGUUGGGAGUUAGAUAUGAUAGCAGGCGAAAUAAACAAACAGUCAUUUAUGAUCAAGUCCCAGUGAAAGAUACUUUUGUAUUCCUAUACUGAAAAUAUUGACGUUCAUGUGUCGACAAUUCUGAAAUCUGUAAGUUAUUGGAAAAUGCACCUAGGGAUAGAUCUGUGGAAGACACAUAUGAAGACUUGUGUUGGAAGUUACUUUGACUCAUCCCUUGUUCUCAAAACCUAGAAAUGCUUUACAGAUACAAUUGUACUAUGAUGACUUUGAAACUGCCAACCUGCUUGGUUCCAAGCGUGGUGUGCACAAGAUAGGCGCCAUUUAUUUUGUCCUCGGGAAUCUGCCACCCAAGUUUUACUCUGCUGUGAUGAAUAUUCAUUUAUUUUCAUUAUCAAGAUCUAAAGAAAUAUGUAUUUUAUGCCAUUCUAGAGCCCCUGGUUAAUGAUGUUAAAUUGGAGUGAUGGUGUAAAUGACUUUCAACUGAUAGAGUUUAUGGCACUAUGUGCCAAAUACCUGGAGACAAUUUGGGGGUGCAUGCAGUUCUUUGUUUCAGAGUCCUUCAGUGGUCAUUACUUUUGCUGGUUCUGUUUGAUAGAGAAGUCUAAUGCUCAGACGGUUUACAGUGAGGAUGACCUUUGUGUGGUAAAGAUAAUUUUGAAAUGCAUUUGAAUCAGUUGCAGUCAGACCCACAGCUCCCGUCUGUGAAUGGUGUAAAGAAAUUCUAAACUGAACAGUUUGCAGCACUUCCAUGUUUGUAGUCAUUUUUCUGUAGACAUAAUACAUGACAUUCUUGUAGAGGUGGCUCAGUUUGAGUUAAAAUUGUUGUUUGAAUAUGUCUCUGAAUUUAUUUUUUUUAGAAACCUGCACUUCUCUCUAGAAUCUACUCGUUUGACUAUGGAUACAUGGAACGCAAAAACCAUCCAACUAAACUCAACCUAGAGAACAGUGGAAAUAGCAUAGCACUUAAUUAUUUUCAAACUGUGUCUUGUGAGAAACGUCCCCUUGAUUUUGGGUGAUGAUGUUCCACCAGGAAAUGAGAACUGGAAUUUGCUGCUCAUCUUACAGCAAUAAUCAGUUUUUUUGCCUUUUCUUAGUGUAACAGUAUAACUUUAGUACGUCCCCUCGCCCCAACCUC